UAAAGAGAAUCUGAAUUUGGGAGGGGGGGGGUUGGAGCAGGUUCUGCGCAGGCGCAGAACACCUCCGGCUGAACCCGGAAAAUCCUUCUCGGGACAAUAGGAAGCGCCUCUCUCUUGUUGUUGUUGUUCUUCUGAGAGACUUCUCUCUUCCUUCCAUCCCGCCUCCGAGCGUGAGUCGCAGCCAAUGGCGUGACGCGACGGGCCGAGUGGCGUGCGAGGCGGGCCAAUGGCGUGCGAGCAGGCGCUGUUGCGAGGGGAAGCUCGGCCAGUCUGCCUGGUUUUGCGCGUCACAGCGCCUGAGGGGGCCAGAGGACUGAGGCGGAGGGAGGCUUCAGUCCACGAAAGGCCUCACACUCGGCCUUCCUCCGUGGCUCCGGCACCGGCUGGGAAUGACGAGUCGCAGUGAAGUGAAAAUGAGUGGAGGGGGCGAUCAAAGCCCGAAAGGAGCAGAGGGGCCCUUUCCAGAGGCUCGGCCGCUGGGAGAGGAAACGCUACAAGCCAUCGCUUCCUCUACCGGAUACCCCAGACCGAACGGAAUUACCCAGAGGAUCCCCAGAGGAGGAAGAGGUGUCUCAGCAGCUGCAGAGACCAGUUGGGGGUCUGGAGGGAGCAUGCCGGAGACCGUGGACCUACGGUUGUCUAUCUUGGAGACCAACCUGUACAGGCUGUCGGAAACCGUGGGAAGAUUGGUGCCGCUGUUGGAGGAGAAUCUCCAGAGGGAGCCCACUCGAUACGGUGCCGAAAGGGAGCCGAGUAAGGACGAGGCUUGGAGCCAGAGGGGCCAGCGCGCAUCGAUGCAGAGCCCAACGGCAACAGGAGGCGGUGGAGAUGAGGAGUAUUGGCAGGAGCUGGAGUUCCGAGAAAGGAUGGCGUGCGAGGAGGAUCGCCAGCGAGCCUUGGAGACUCUGAGACCGCCAACUCCAACAGUACUCCCAAACCCCCGAAUGGGUGUCGGGGUUGAAAGACCGCUGGGACCAGGGAUCGGGUCCAGCGGGUUAAUGGAGGAAGGCGAGGAGGAGCCGGAGAUCCAUGGAGACGGGGAGGAUGCACCAUACGGCGAAGGAGUGCGAAGUGCGGGGGCUACAGCAGGACCUGCGUUCAAUUGGGUGGAAGGGCCGACAGCAGCAGCGGAAUUCCGAGGGCCGCAGGGAACGACCGCCGGGCUGGGACGCGGAGUGAUCAAAGGGCCAGCUCAGGGGAACCUGAUGCAACCCCUCCCCAGACCACCCAUGCAAAGGCAGCGGGCCGCAGAAUGGAUGCCUAGGAGAGAGGAGCUCAAACUGGAAUACGGAGGGGAAUCAUCCGAACUGAACUUUUUCCUCAUUGGCAUCAGAGGAUACAUGGAGGACAAUGCACACACAUUCCCCUCCGAAGGAAGCAUGGUUCGGGCCAUUGGUAAUACUCUAAAGAGGGGAGCGGCCAGCUGGUAUGUACAAUUACAUGCCAGACGCGACCCGUGCUUGAGGUCAGUGCCCCAAUUCCUCGCCGCACUGGAAAACCGAUUUAGAGACCCGCUGGAGCAAUUGAGGGCUCGAGACCAACUAAAAGGAAUAAAGCAGAGGGACAAGACGGUGCCCGAGUACGCAGAAGAAUUCCUCCAUCUCGCGGAAAGGGUACCAGAGUGGUCCGAAGUGACCAAAGUGGAGAUAUUCAAAGAGGGACUGCGCCCCGAGGUAUUUAGUUGGGCGGCGCACAGAGAUGACCCAGAGACACUACAGGGUUGGAUUCAACUGGCAGGGCGCGUCGAAUCCACCCUGUCCCAAGUAAAGCGCUUCCGGAGCGGCGGCGGCUGCGGCCAGCAGAGACCGGUGGCGAGGGGUCGGGGAGAAACGAGGAAGCAGGAGAGACCCGGAGGGAGGCCGGGGAUCCCCUUCAAAGGAGACGACAACAGACCUAAGCCGGGAUGCUUUGUAUGUGGGAAGACGGGCCAUCGGGCGGCAGAAUGUUGGGCCCGAAAGGGAGAACCGCCCAAAGCCUCAAAGCCCACGCCAGCAGCCGGGAGACGAGCGGAGGAGGAGGUGCGAGCCCCAGAACCUCCGGAGAGGCUGUCCUGCAGAAUGGAUCCCCAGGUCAAGCUCAAUGUGACCUUCCAAAAUGACACCCAGAGCUUCCUCGUUUCUGAUUCAGCUAGUACCACAUGGGCUGAUGUGGAAGCCAUGGUCAAAGUCUCAUUUGAACUGAACGAGAUCCAGAUUAAAUAUCUAGAUGAAGAUCAUGAUGAGGUAUCUGUCAAUACUGCAGAGGAAUAUGAGGAAGCUUUGAAGAUUGCAGUGAAACAAGGCAAUCAACUACAGAUGAAUGUGUAUGAAUUAAGUACUGCUCCUGACAUGCUUCCACAGCAAGCACCUGAGACAUCAGUUGUUCAUAAGGAUGGGAGAAAGCCUCUUUCUCACUAUUCUUCACUUGCUCGGACCUUAGCACAGGGCAAAGUCAUGGAGAAGGAGAGGGAACAGAGUGGGCCCCAUCUCAGUGAAGCCCCACCUGAGUGGUUCACAAGCUACUUGGAAAAGUUCCGGGAACAAGUGGUCCAAGAGACGGUUGAAAUGCUCGAACAGAAGUUGAAUGAGAAGCUUCUCCUCUCCAGCCAACCUCCCAGCUCCUUGAGCAGCUCAACCCACCAGGCUCCUGUGAGCCCUCCAGUGCAAAGCAAUCCUUUUGACUGGCUCCUUUCCUGCAGCAACUGUCAGGCCCCCAUCGUGGGCAUUCGCUACCAGUGUAGUGUGUGCCCAUCCUAUAGCAUCUGUGAAUUGUGUGAAGCAGGAGCAUACGCCCAUGAUCCUAAUCACGUGCUUUUGAAGCUGCGAAGACCUAUCUUGUGCAUCUCAGAGUCAUACAACCUUGGACAGUUCUCCCCUCGCCUCGCCACCCUGGAACAAGUCAGACUCCAAAAACAGAUGGAUAAGCGUUUCUUGAAAGCUGAGAAGCAGCGCUUGCGAGCAGAGAAGAAACAGCGCAAAGCCGAGGUGCGGGAACUCAAAAAGCAGCUGAAGUUGCAUCGGAAAAUCCAUCUCUGGAACUCUAGUCAUGCUCUGGAGAACACCAGCUUAACUGUUACCAAGACUGAGAACCUACAGUCCAGUACACUUCUUCCUCUUCAAGGUUGUCCUGUCAUUGUCCCCACUCUGAGCGCUGCUUUCGUGGAUGAGAAUCUGCCAGAUGGAACCUGCCUCAAGCCAAGGACAACCUUCAUCAAACAUUGGCGGAUGAGGAACACUGGCAACAUGGAGUGGAGCUCUGACACCAAGCUAAAAUUCAUGUGGGGGAACUUAACCCUGUUGUCUUCAGAGAAGAAGGAUGUGAUUGUACCCUUCUUGCUACCUGGGCAGGUGGGAGUUGUCUCAGUGCAAUUUGUGUCCCCGGCAGUGGAAGGAACCUACACAUCUCAUUGGCGAUUAUCACACAGAGGGGAGCAAUUUGGGCCUAGGAUCUGGUGCAGCAUUGUUGUUGACCCCAAUUCCUCCAAUACUGGAUGCACAGAUAGUUGCAAACUGGUAUCUACUUUCUGCCAGAAGGGCAGAUCCCUUUGUAAGGAAGAGGAAAGACUUUCCAAGUUCAAGGCAGAAGCUCUGCAGGCUGUUGAUAGUGCCAUGCAGGGAGGUUUGGUCAGCCGGGCUGCUCCAACCAAUGUUAAAAGCAUCCUGAGUGCUAGAGAGUUCUAUAUCCCUUCAGUCGACCUUCUCACGGCUCAGGAUUUACUCUCCUUUGAAUUGCUGGAUAUUAACAUUGUGCAAGAACUGGAGCAAGUCCCUCGUAACACUCCUGUUGACACGACUCCAGAUAUGUCAGUUCUGCCUCAUGACAGCUCUCCAUUGGACAACACGAGUCUGGACCAGAAGCAGGAAGAAAUGGAAGAAAAUACAUGUAAACAAUUGCCUGAUGCUCUGAUGGGGAAAGGAAAGACUGAAAACUCAGCAAAUCAAGAGGAAGCAGAAGAAGACAUGAGUGGGAGACAGUUUGUGUGUGAAACAGUCAUUCGCUCUCUCACUUUGGAUGCUGCACCUGACCACAGGCCCCCACAAAGAAAGAAGUCUUUGCAGGGCUCUCUGCAAACACUACAAGAUACCAUCCUCUACAGCCCUAAAAGCAAGGACCCCAUUAGCCCUGUUUCUACACCGAAAGAGCCAGAGUCUAGCAAUCGAGGCAUGGAGAUAGCUAAAGAACUAGACUUUGAGAAUCUCUCAGUGCAUGAUGGGGAGGAGUCGAGGGAUGGGGAAGCAGAAGAUGAUGCCAAGGAUGAAGUCUGCAGCCAAGUGUCGUCUACCUCCUCUGAGGAUUAUAUCAUCAUACUCCCAGAGUGCUUCGACACUAGCCGUCCUCUGGGCGACUCCAUGUACAGUUCUGCACUCUCUCAGCCAAGCCUGGAGAAAGCGGCAGAGACCUCAGCACAUCCUGAAGGAGUGAGCCACUUGCCAGUACAGAAUAUCAAUGAUAUGCUGACCACUUCACAGACACUGGAUGAAGUGCCAUUGAUCCCUCAAAUUGUGGAACCGCAGCCCACAAGAAUUCUGGCACUUUCUCAGAACAACAGUUCCCCAGCAAGUAAUGCUCCUAACAGAGAAGAAGCUCCUUUGAUUCCUGAACAAAUGAGAGAAGAGGUCCAAGGAGGAGAGAUACCUGAGCCUCCUCCAACAGGGAAUGAAAAGAUCACGCAAACAUGCCCAGAAUUCUCCAGACAUACGCAGGGAAACAGCAUCGCUGGUGGCUUGGUGAAGGGGGCCUUGUCAGUGGCUGCCUCCGCCUACAAAGCCUUGUUUGCCGGACCACCUUCCCUGGACCAGGCUCUUCCUGUGACCACUGAGGAUCAUAUGGCCACCUUCCUAGCCAACCUGAGCGAGAUGGGCUUCCGUGACCGGCACCUUAACCUCAGGUUGCUGCGUAAACACAACUGUGACAUGGCCCAAGUUGUCACAGAAUUGUUACAGCUGAGUCACAGUGACUGGUAUGAAAGCCAGUACUGAACUUUGUUCAUCUUGCUCAUUAAAAAAUGAGCAGCAAGUGGCACCAGCAGCAUCCUGCUCCCUUCUAUUCCAGCAUACCAGAGAUGAUUGGGCUGUUUUUCAGCACAGUACAGUUCCCAAUGUACCAAUUUCCCAUAGCUCAGACACUAGGAUUUUCUUUUUCUUUAAACCCUGAAACACUACGGUCUUCAACUGAUAUAAUGCAAGAAUCUUUGUAGAAGAAAAGAGGUGAACGUACAUAAAGAAAUAUGAGUGAGCUCUGUCACUAACUUCUAGCUGUUGUUGAUGUGCUGCAAGAAAACAAGAACUUGGCAUGGAGUGGGGGGCAUUCCCAUAUCUUUCUGAAAACCUAUCUCCAAAUUCUAUCAAUUUGUGAAGGAGGUAACCAAAAAGUUUAAUUCUCUAGGUUAUUUGAAAAUGCCCCUGUCUUACUGAAGCAAUAAUUUUAUCGCCAACUCCAUGUUGUGUGUCUUACAGGCACUGACACUGCCUGUGCAGCAAUUAUAUUCUAGUUAUUGUUUUCUCCUGCCAAGACCCAUCUGUCCUUUAUAUGCUGCUGUUUGAGGGUUCAUUUUUGGGAAUGGAAUAGUGUUAAAAGAGCCGAGUAGGUAGGAGAAUUCACUGGGUGGCUUGCCAUACAAAAUACCAAAUCAAAGAGCAGUUGCUCCAACUAUGUAAAUCUUUAGAGACAUUAUUGAUAGUUAAUGCUGGGAAGUAUUUAAAGGGCAGGUGGUCAAGACACACUUGAGUGUUUCAGAAGCUAUUUUUGUAGACAUUUUUACCGCUCAAGAGUUUCAGAGGGAUACAAUCCCAAAAGCAGUAUUCUUGAUUCAUUCUGCCUAGAUAAUGGACCAAUUUGGAGAUUUUAAAAAUUAAACGACUUUAAUUAUGCUUGAUAUAGUUCAAAUAUGUUAGUAGUGCUAUUCUUGCAUGACACAAAGCAGGCAAAAAACACAUUGGAAAUACUGGAGAGGAGAAAAUUAAGCAAAAGCUACAAGCACCUCUCAGUCAAAAGAUACGGGACUCAAAAUACAUUAAGGAUUUUUUUUCCUAACAAUCUUACAUUAAAUCAGAAUUUGUCAGUUCCCACUGGAUUGUCCUUUUACUUUACUCUCAGGUGUUCCUUUGACUUUUCAAAUAAUAAGGAAAUAAUGAAUGCUUUCUCUUACAAAGUGUGGUGAUGGCGUAGACCAAAUCUGCUUUUUCUGUGAUUAAUAAUACCGGUAAUGAGGAAGCCAGAAUCUAGGAAUAAGUGAGAGAAAGGCCUCUUCUUAAGAAGAAAGGAAAUGUAUGGAAAAUGUACUAAUGCAGAAUGCUGCUUUGGGAAGGAAAAUUACUUCACAGAAAGCUAAAGAGAGAGAAGAGAAGAGAAACAUUCACAUUUGGAACGUCUUACUGUUGAGGCAAUGGAGAGAGAUCUUGAUAUUCCCAAAUAGAUUUUCUUGGUUUUGUAUCAAUUAGUUUUAUUGCUACAAGUUCAUUCUGAAAACUUCUUGUUAGACUUAGAGAGAUUAACAUUCUUUUAGGUUUCAAAAAAAGCUGAAAUUUUCUUUUGUUGGCUUUAUAUAUUUUAUGAGAGGAUGCAUGGAUGAUUAUUUAAACAGUGCAGAUCUUUGUAUAUUAUUUAGAAUAAGCACUUUGAAACUGUUGUUUGGGUGUGAGAAACAUUAAAUAAAAUAUACAUGAAAAGAG